UGUAGAUAGGGGUCAGGAAACGGACUCCAUCUUGAAGCUACCCAGGAUCCCUGCCAUGAUGCCUGUCUCCGAUCUAGCGACCAGCUCUGUAAGCAUCAUGAAACACCCGCCGACGUCCACAGAGAACUUUGAGUUCAACAUCGGCCAGUCCCCUGACCUGCGAUGUCUGGCAGCCAAAGGCACAACAACCUGCACCCGCUGCGAGUCGUGCGUGGUCCGCACCCGACUGCUGGACACCAGGCAGUGGUUCCCGAGGGCUGGGGAGACAUCCAGGAAGAAGUUUGUCCUGGGCCUUGUCAGGCGCUUCAACAGUGCGAAUCUGUUCUCCUACAUAGUCGGCAUUCUGAAACCGCUCUGCGGCAAGGACUACCUGUAUUCACGCUCCAGGGCCAAUCCAGGGCUUGUUGGUGAUCACGUCGAUGCAGGUUGUGAUCGUGCAUUAAGGAAACAGGUGAUAGACACCAUGAUGUCUGAUACUCUGAGAUGGUUUGCUAGUGCCCCGUACUGGAGUAAGUCUAAUUACGCCUUGGGCGUACUGCAGACAUGCAAUGGGGAAUUGGUGCAUGCUGUGUACAAGUUUUCGCAGACCAUGCUGAUGAAUGAACGGCAAAAACAAUUACAAAGGAACAAGAAUAUUGACUACGAGAAUGAGUCUCUAGCGGAUACCGUCUUCUCCUACCAGUCCUUCGAGCACCCCAAUCACAAUCUCCUUCGCGCGGCCUCCUCCGCAUACUCCCACCCCAUCAGCCCCUUCCAGGAGGAUGACGACCUCCUCGCCCCUGACCACGUUACCGUGGAGGACGAGUCCGAGGACGACGUCAUCAGCAGCUUUUCAAGCUCCAGCCUGGCCUCCCUGGAUCCGACCUGCGUGGUGGUGCCCGCCAUGGGGAGGGCUCUCUCCGGGAUCAGACAGUACGUGGACUUUGUCCGGGAGUUGCCGGUCCACCUGUCCAAAUACAUCCUGAGUUUCCUAGACUAUGAGGAUCUGAUGAACUGCGGAGGGGUGAGCCCUCAUUGGUGUUAUAUCUCUAAAGAGGUGGAAGAGGACAUGAAGCUGAGGCAGAUUGUGUGGGAGGAGGUUAUGCUUAUGCAGGGUUCAUCGGCCAAGGGGGGAAACCCCAUGUUUGCCAAGCACGUAGAAGUUCCCGUGCCUCGGCUGGCAGGCGAUUCCUACGAUGUCCUCCUGGCCGACGUACCGCCGGAGGAGAUCAAUUUCAAGAGUGACAUCACCUUGGAGUCGUCGUACAGCGGGGUCGUCACCCGGGAUGUGACGAUGGAGGAAAGGAAUAUCUACUGUGGGGCUUACAACGUUAUGGUGCUGAGUGACCAAGAGGACAUUAACAGGGUAGUCCAUUAUAACUUUGGUCAGCUUGUGUCCAUCGGAUCGUUUGACCGUCAUGUAAGAUUCAUUGACUGUAUCAGUGGUCAAGAAACUGGUCCUAUCAUCACCGGGCAUGCAGGGUCUAUUAAAUCGCUCUAUAUCAACGAGGCCCGAGGCUUUGUCAUGAGUGGAAGCUAUGACACCAGUAUCAGGUGUUGGGACAUUGUUAGCGGGCGUCCUGUGAAGAUCUUCCACGGCCAUGUAGGAACCAUCCUCUGUUUGGAUAUGUAUGAAAACACCUUGGUGUCAGGAAGCAAAGACAAUCAGGUCAAAGUGUGGAACUUUGAAACGGGAAAAUGUUGGCGUACCUUCAAACAUCGCUAUCAGAUCAAUGCUAUAGCUGUUCAUAAAGACACCGUCGUCAGCGGAUGUGAAGAAGGCAAGGUCAAGGUGUGGAGUAUAAAGGACGCUUGUCUCCUGAAGGUGCUUUACCAAUCACCAAAGCGUCUGAACCGCCUUGGUCUCCCCAACCCAAAUACCCAUCAGGGUGCAAUCACCAGUCUGAAGGUAGAUGAUUGGCACAUCGUCUCGGGGAGUAUGGAUGGCUAUGUACUGGUAUGGAGUGCCGUAGGAAACCAUGACAGAUGUAUCAAUGCCAUAAGACACCCAAAUCCGGUUCUGUGCAUCCACAUGGCUCACCUACGGUUGGUUACGGGGUGUGAAGAUGGGAAGCUGCGAAUCUGGAACAUGUUUACAGGAGACUGUCUCAGGGUGAUGAGAGGCAACAGUCGCUCGGAUCCCAUCGUGGCCAUCAACCCAUGUGGUGAAAGGUUGUUGCUUCAAACCAUCACCAACCUCCUGAUGCUUUGCUUUGAGGAAGUCGAGUGGAACUAUGAUCAAGACGAGAAGAUUGAGCUCUUGAGGUACAAGAACCACUAUGGCGACGCUCCUCUUAGGCAACAGAGCUAUUCCUUGGUGCGGGCGCAGCGAAGCCAGCUAGCCAGAUCAGCAAAUCCCAAAAUCAUAGCGCACACCAAUGCCCAGACGGACAGGAGCAGGACCAACCUGUCCCACAGCACAAGGUAUUUGAGCAACAGGAGCUUGCAGAGUGCCAAAAAGACCCAGGAUGUAUGUGUCAAUGUCACGUUGACGCAGAACGUGAAGGGACCUUUGUAUCGUAACGUCCAAGGCGUUCGAUCUGGAGACCUUUAUGCAGAGACUGAUCUGGGAUUGAUGGAUCUGAAUGGACAGACGUCCACGUACAGGGUGAAUUCUCGACCACCAACUGGAAAAUCAAGGUCUAAGUCUAGUUUGUUUAGUAGCAAGGGAUCCUCUGAGCCUCUGUCAGGGUCUCCGUCUGGUGUAGCAUCAUCAGUCAAGGUAGUGGAGUCGAGACCCACCACGGCACAUUCAGGGAUAUCAAGGGGAGUAUCUCCUGGACUGUCGCAGGCUGCUACUUCAAGUGUAUCCCUUGGUCAGGAAUUGAAUGAGAAGCGUCCAACCACGGCCAUGUCAACUCAGAGUGGUCGGCUGAAGUUCACAAAGUUCCAGCUUCCCAUGAGAGGCCACAGUGCUCCUGUGAGACGGAACAAGACUGCCGAUGAUGCUGUCUCGCUGUCAGAGGCUAAGUCUCUUCUGUGCUCUCAGCAGAGGAUCACCAAUGAGGGAGUGAAGCGGAAUCGUCUUCUUCUGACUUGGAGUAACAUAGAGGAAAGUAAGAAGAACAAUGAAGUAGUCAACAAUACCCUUGCUAAUGCUCUACAAAUUGAUUAUGUAGGCUAUGCAGCCCAAAGCAAGCCCUCUAAUUUAUCAUCAAACUCUUCAAGUAUGUCUACAAUAUCAAGAGCAUCAUCAAAGAAAGGCACGAUUUCUAAGAAUCCAACAGCCCCUAUCUCAAAGGAAAUCAUUGUUAAAACCCUUGAACAUGUUGAACAGGAUGUUAAGCCACAUAAGAGCAUUCAUCCAAAGACCACUGCUUCUACGGUCCCUAAAGCAAACCUGAUCAGACCACAGACUGCACAAGUUCUAGCGAGAACAGAGAUGAGACAACCUGGAAACAUGAACACCAAUAACACAGCACCUCUCCGUCGGUGCCAGAGCGCGUCGGCAUUGAGAUCGUCCAUGUUAUCCCCUACUUCUCAGUUUGAAGUAAGCCAUACAGUCAGUCCUGUCCGGAAAAAGAAAAGCCACGGCUGGACAACAUCUCACACCGAACCAGUGACCAUUGUACCCAUGCUGAUCGGGAAAGGCAGCAGCGGAAACCCGUCGGAGGCGAGGAAAUCCGAGUCGAACCAGAAGCCAUCUACCACGUCAAGACUGAGCAUGAUCCAAAAGCCUGUCAAAGAUCCCUUGACCCACCAUGGUGAGUUUCAGGUCAGGACCAGGCGGCAGACGGAGGACUAUCUUCAGUACGUGACGGGAAUCCAGGAGAAGUACUUCCAGGAUCAGGAUGAAGAGGAGAAGAUGAAACAAAGAAAGAUGUGGCUCCAGGUAGCAAGAGGUAAGAGGUCCAGCAGUGUGCCUCCAAGGAGAGCUCCGCAAAGGAAAUGAGUGUAAGAGAUGUUACCCUGCAAGCUGAAAGAUAUGAUGGGAACCGGCAUGUGGCAUUUUUGGUGUCAACGGAACAUGUCAUGAUCAAUGAAAUAUUUAGGCUUCUUGUAUUGUCAAGAAUCCAGCAAGAUUUACCUGUUACAUGUAUGCUUAUUCCCCAAUGCAACUAAGUAUAGCAGUGUACUAAUAAUAAGCUUGAUGAAAUCUGGUUCAUAAUUGUUGAGGCUGAAAGGAUUCCUUUCUUUAGUUUUUCCAGUGCAAUAUUAUAAGUUGAUUGAUAUAGUGUCCAUGUUUUUUUUUGUUUUUUUGUUUUUUUUUAACCAUGUGCUGUUUGCUUGAAAAUCAUUCAUGAAUUAUCCAUUUUACAGGUGUUUUUUUUUCAUUUCAGAUGUGCCUUAGAAAUGUAAAUAUAAAUUUAGAUACAUUCUGCAUUUGCGUGUCCUGAAUUUCCGUGGCCUUGAUCUAUUUAAAGAAUUAUAGAAAUUGUACUGUAACUAUAAGGCCGUGUAUUUGUUGUGCUAAUAAUGUCAGCUUUCAUUUUACUUCUUGGACCUAUUUCAUAAAGACUUACAAAAUAGUAUUUUUGCCAUUAUGGCAACUACUAUGAUAACAGGGCUCAGUGGCCAAUCACAAUCUAGGUUUUCAAAGGACAGUAGUUACAAUAAUAAUAAAACAUAUGAUUUAUAUAGCGUCUUAGUCUAUUUUGAUUAAAUGCUCAAGGCUCUUAAAAGAAACAAAACAUAAGAGUAAAAGAGAACUUGGAGAAGUACAAGAAAGGGUAAAUUACAAAUGAGGAAACAGCCUGCUGGUGAACAAAUGCAAUUUUAGGUUGCCCUUAAAGGAUGUUGCAUAGUUUGAGUUCUUCUGCUCCCAUGAUAGUGAAUUCCACAGGGCUGGUCUGGCAUGAGCAAGGCUCGAUCGCCGAAGGAUUUUUAGGUAGUGAAAUAUGUAUUAAUGGCAGAUUUACAAUAUUUGUAGGUCUUUAUGAAACGGGUCUCUGGACAGUGCAAAGACUGUUAUGCAGUUUUUUUUUCACCUGAUCAUCUUCAUUUCAUAAUUAAAUGACAUUGUAUUAGUUUUGAUAUAUUUAAAUUAUUUGUCAGUGAAAUUUUGUGGUAUGUGUCCUAUGUAAUGCAAUUAUCAUUACUUGAUUUGUACCUCAUUGUGCCUUCUUAUGUGGAAUUAGGAUAUAUCUUAUACAAGUCAGAGAUAUGAUGUACGUUAUUGUUGCACAAUCGUUAAAAUUCAUCAUUUCAAAUUUUGUACAUUCCUUGUGUUGGCGAUGCAGUGAUAAAGUAAAUAUCAAGAUUGUGAAAUUUUUCAAUUGUGUCAACUUAAUUCAAAAUAAUUGUUAUUCGCAUGUUCAAUCAGUGG